AAUGCUUUUUAAAAGCAAGAUAUAUAUUUCUGUUUAUCCCUUUUAAUUACCUCUGUUUGUGCUUCCUACAGGGAAAAAAAAGUCAAUAUAAUUGAUCAAUACAUUGAAAAAGUCCAAAAAUACGGGCAAUGUAUGACAAUUGUGGACCUUCAUGAAGUGAGUCCCCAUAAUCACUGAGCCAAGUGGGAAGAAGAUAUGAAUUUUCAGAACAUUCUGACUUUCAACUCCCUCUUAAGGAUCAGCUUUGGAAAUGCUUUCAUCCUGUAUAUCUUCUGCAGUAGCCAGGCAUAGUUCUGAAAAAUUCUUCAGACCAGUGAGGAACUCUUCAGGGUCCAGAAUCUCUGGGUUUAAAGUGAAUUCCUUCGCUCAGAACUUGUGCUUUGGAGAGAAGGAACCCCACUCAUUCCUGCCUAACCUCUUCAUCAGCACCCUCAUCCCUCAUCAGGAUUCUAAACUUGAUCUACAAUGGAAAAACUGCUUUUUUCCCUGUUGUUCAUUGGCAUAGCAGUGAGAGCACAGAUCUGUCCAAAGCGUUGCGUGUGUCAGAUUUUGUCUCCUAAUCUUGCAACUCUGUGUGCCAAGAAAGGCCUCUUAUUUGUUCCACCAAACAUUGACAGAAGAACUGUGGAACUCCGACUGGCAGACAAUUUUGUUACAAACAUUAAAAGGAAAGAUUUUGCCAAUAUGACAAGUUUGGUGGAUUUGACUCUAUCCCGGAAUACAAUAAGCUUUAUUACACCCCAUGCUUUUGCUGAUUUGCGCAACUUGCGGGCUUUACAUUUGAACAGUAACAGACUGACUAAGAUCACAAAUGAUAUGUUCAGUGGGCUUUCCAAUCUCCAUCACCUAAUUCUAAACAACAAUCAGCUGACUUUAAUUUCUUCUACAGCAUUUGAUGAUGUUUUAGCCCUUGAGGAGCUUGAUUUAUCCUAUAACAAUCUUGAAAAUAUACCUUGGGAGGCUGUUGAAAAAAUGGUUAGUUUGCAUACACUUAGUUUGGAUCACAAUAUGAUUGACCACAUACCUAAAGGGACUUUCUCUCACUUGCACAAGAUGACUAGAUUAGAUGUAACAUCAAAUAAGUUGCAGAAGCUACCACCUGACCCUCUCUUUCAGCGAGCUCAGGUACUAGCAACCUCAGGAAUCAUCAGCCCAUCCACUUUUGCAUUAAGUUUUGGUGGAAACCCUUUGCACUGCAAUUGUGAAUUAUUGUGGCUGAGACGCCUUUCAAGGGAAGAUGACUUAGAGACUUGUGCUUCUCCUACACUUUUGUCUGGUCGGUAUUUUUGGUCAAUUCCAGAAGAAGAGUUUUUGUGUGAACCUCCACUUAUUACUCGGCAUACACAUGAAAUGAGGGUAUUAGAAGGUCAAAGAGCCACGUUGAGGUGUAAGGCUAGGGGAGACCCAGAGCCUGCAAUUCACUGGAUCUCUCCAGAAGGAAAGCUCAUUUCAAAUGCAACAAGAUCUCUUGUCUAUGAUAAUGGAACACUUGAUAUACUUAUAACAACUGUAAAGGAUAUAGGUUCUUUUACCUGCAUUGCAUCUAAUCCUGCAGGGGAAGCAACCCAGACAGUGGAUCUUCAUAUAAUCAAACUCCCUCACUUGUUAAAUAGUACAAAUCAUAUUCAUGAGCCUGAUCCUGGGUCCUCAGAUAUUUCAACUUCUACUAAGUCAGGUUCUAAUACAAGUAGUAGUAAUGGGGAUACUAAAAUGAGUCAAGAUAAAAAAGUUGUAGUAGCAGAAGCAACAUCCUCUACUGCAUUACUUAAAUUCAAUUUUCAAAGAAAUAUACCUGGAAUACGUAUGUUCCAAAUUCAGUACAAUGGUACUUAUGAUGAUUCCCUUGUUUACAGAAUGAUACCUCCUACGAGCAAAACAUUUCUUGUCAAUAACCUGGCUGCUGGAACUGUUUAUGACUUGUGUGUCUUGGCAAUAUAUGACGAUGGCAUCACUUCCCUCACUGCCACAAGAGUCGUGGGUUGCAUCCAAUUUACUACAGAACAGGAUUAUGUACGUUGCCAUUUCAUGCAAUCUCAGUUUUUAGGAGGCACCAUGAUUAUUAUAAUUGGUGGCAUCAUUGUAGCUUCUGUGCUGGUUUUUAUCAUCAUUUUAAUGAUCCGCUAUAAGGUUUGCAAUAACAAUGGGCAGCACAAAGUCACCAAGGUCAGUAAUGUUUAUUCUCAAACUAAUGGGGCCCAAAUACAAGGCUGCAGUGGAACAAUGCCUCAGUCAAUUUCCAAACAAACUGUAGGACAUGAUGAGAACAUUCAGUGCUACAAAGGUACCAGUGGAAAUGUGACUCAAUCUUCAGAUACCUGCUCAAGUCAGGACUCUUCUACCACUACCUCUGCUUUGCCACAUACAUGGACUUCAAACACUUCUGCAUCCCAAAAGCAGAAACGAAAGAUGGGGCCAAAGCCAAGUAAUGAUUCACAGAAUGAAGUUAUUUCAAGUGUUGAGUCCCAAAAUGCUAACAGGAAUAACUCAACUGCAUUGCAGUUAGUUAGCCGUCAUCCUGAUUCUGUCAAAGAAGUUCCCACAUCUAAAAGAGCACAAUCAAAGUCAAGUAAGUUUCUUACUGUGCCUGUUGAAAGAUCCAGAGCAAGACGCAGGUACUCUCUGAACGGAAAAUUAGUGGAAUACAAUUGUUAUGUUAAGUCAGAGAACACAGGUCUAUUAUGGUUUAAAAGGAGCAUGUCUCUGAAUGGGAUGGUACUUCAGUCAGGCAUUUCUGACUUGGAUAGUGGAAAAGCAACUUUUUCAAGAUCUGAGUGGAUUUUAGAAAGCACUGUGUGACCUGUUUUUAAAAAUUUUAAAUAUCAUUCUUUGGGAAUAUUUUCAUGGAAAUUGGAAUUUGAAAUUCCAGUCUUGUCUUGCUGAAUUAUGGCUUAUGCAUUGAAAUUUGUGUAAAAGCCACCUAGGAUUCAGUAUGUAUAUGUACAUAGAUAACUAAGUACAUGUACACACAAUGUAGAUAGCAACUAAAAACAGUAUUUAAAAAUAAAAUAAUUAUUACAAAAGGAAUGAAGCAGCAUUAAUGCCUUCCCUUACCCUAAGAUUGGCUUCCUGGUUCUGUGUUAAUAGACAAAAAAAAAAAAAAAAGGUUUUGCAAGGAAAAAAGCCUUUCAUAAAGGAAAUUAUAUUUCCUCCAAACUAACAAAGACCAUUUAUGGAAAAAUUGAUAUUUUUAAAUGACAAGACUGUAUAUUUAUUUCUGGUAACAAUGGUGUUGCCUUCCUUUGAGGCAAAUGCUGUACAGAACAACUCUGUGCUGGUAUAUUGUGUAAAAUAAAAUAUUUAUUAAGUAUACACAGUUGGUGUUAAAGUAAGUACCCUCUUAAACAACAUUAUUGCUACAGGUGCCUUAGUGUAUCUGUGACGUAUAUUAUCAGUAACUUAGAUUGUUCAAUGGUUAAGAAAGAAUUUAACUUAUUUUGUACCUAUCACCAAUAAAAGUCUAGUUCUAGGAUGUGGGAAUGAAUAUAUGACCAAUUUCUAAAUGCAUGCAUUUGGGCAUAUAUGGAUUCUGUAUAGAUGUAUAGUAGGUGUUAAAGGGGAAUCCUAGAAACCUACUUUUUCAAAAUAACAUUUUAAUUAUCAUUUAAGAAUGGAGAGAAAAACAAGUUGUUACAUAUAUAGGAAUUUUAAAGCCAUCCCUUAUUAACUUGUUUUUCCUUUCUAGAAUCAAUAAUUCAAUAAUAUUGCCACUAUUUUAUGAAUUUAUUUAUAUUUUAACCAAUAAUCAUGAUAUUUAAUUAGAGUCAUUUUUAUUUAGCAACUCUUUUAUCAACAAAUCCUGGGUUAAAUUAGAUCAGAUACCGCCAUUAUUAUUCAAGUAAUUUAAAAUUACCUUAAAAAUUGCCAUUGACAUUACUAUAGCUUGCACAUUGAAAAAUUUACUGCAUCAAGCACAAAUGUAUUAAUCAGGUAGUAGAUUUAGCUUGAAGAUAUAUUAUAGGAGGCUAUUUGUUCUUGUGUGAAGUUUCACAAUUAGCUGACAUGUAAAGUAAAAUCAUGACCAAAGCAAAUGAAACAGAUUUUUACAAUAUAUAAACUACUCUGUAGCAGUAAUUAAACAUUUGGUAAAGCUUUUUAUUCAAAUCACUAAAGUACUUUUUUUUAAGACAGAGCUAUGUCACCAAUAUCUCUUGCUUAAUUUCUUUUUACAAAUAAAGUAAGUUCUAGGACAUUUGAUUAAGUUAACAGGACACCUUAUUACACAUUAUAGUUUGUCAUGUAUAAAUAAUUUAAAAUAUGUUAUGUUAAUUCUGGUGGCUAUUUUCAGAAACAGCUAUAGAUAAAAUUUGUCAAAGGGUGAAAUUUUCUCUGGAUUCCUCCCACUUUCCUGUUUUGCAUCCCUACCACAUUCUGAUUCCUCCCUAUUCUUCAGUUAGGUAUGAGGGAUAAAAAUACAAGAAUUAAAUAAUUCCUACUUUUAAGGAGUUAAAUUUUUUCUCUGGGGUUAGAAAUAAUAGUGGUGUCCUUGGAUAAUUCCAUUGUAAGAUUUCAUUGAAAGAAGAGAGAAUCUCUAGAGUGAAUUGUUAUAAUGACAAUAGACAGCAAUUGGAACUAAGUGGAGCUACUCAGUAAGAUUAUCAGAGAAUUAGAUUUUUUUAUCCACUGGUUUCUUCUUCUAGUUUCUUCAUCACUAUCUUGUUUAAAACCAGUUCCUUUAUUUUUAUGCUUUUUGCCUAGUUUAUUUUUAACUGACAACUGGUUAUAAAUACGGCACAUAAGUGUAUUUUUAUUUACUGAAUACAUUUUAAUAUUUUAAAAAAUAAUUAUUCAGCUAUGUUUCCUUAAAGUUUAAAAGAAAUAUUUUCUAAUCAGUUACAUUUAUUUUUGGCCCUCAAUUAAUCCUUUUUCUUCUAUGGAACAUUCAUUGACCCAUGAUGGUAUAGGAGGGUGGGGAUGAUUAUUCAACUCUAAUUUAAAUAUAUACUGCAAUUUCAUAGUGUAUUAGUAUUUUAUAUGGUAAAUAGUUUCCCAGUGGCCAUAAAGAGUUAAUGUAGUAUCCAAGUGUGUUGAUUUGUUUUGUUUCCCUUUAUUUCUUUGUUGCAAGAGAAAGAACUAGGAAGAUAGGGUUGGUUUGCUGCAAAAUGAUAGCCAUGUAAAUGAAAGCAUGAAUAAAAUUUUUUUUUUAAGAAGAGAAAAAAAGUU